AUGGCCGAGACGUGCAUAGUCUGUCUCGGCGAUCUCGUCCCCCACGACGACGGCCCUACCGCCACCGCAUCAUCGCUUGCGACCAAACCGCUUGAGGAUGGCGCUGAUGGCGACUCCCAACCCCAUGCCAAGAACAAGAUGGUGGCUGUAGAGUCAACCAAAGAAGACGAACUAGUCGCACACCUACUGCCAUGCGGCCACGAUCUGCACAACGAGUGCCUUAAGCCUUGGGUUGAACGAGCGAAUAGCUGCCCGAUAUGUCGAGCCAGUUUCAACAUGGUCGAGCUCAGCGUACGCGUUGGAGGACCUAAGCUAUCCGAGUACACUGUGCAAGACAAGAAACAGGUCGCCGAUAUCGAUCCUUCUAUGAUUGUCGAGGACGAUUACACACUGGAGGAUGACGGAAGCUAUGACGCAUGUAUGGUCUGCGACGAGUUCGGUGACGCAUCACAGCUCAUGUACUGCCAUAGCUGCGAGCAGCUUUGCCACGUCUUCUGCGCUGGUCUUGAUCGGAUGCCAUCUCGUGGGCCUUGGUAUUGCCAGGGCUGUGUUGAGAAUCCUAGCCUGCUGGAAGCUGCGUCCCGACGACGACCAGCGGUCCGGGGUCCCGCUGCCUGGAUCAACGGUCGAAGCCGUGUACCACGUCACAACCAUGCCCCUGAUGAAUGGGUAGGGGUCUGGCAGAGCGUCUGGGACCGACUGCAGUUCGACAUUGAGUUUCCCUUUGACGAGGAAGAGCAGUCGGAGAACCAAUCUGAUGUCACACGCCGCGAUGACAUCAGAUGGGAGCAGCGCAUGCGCGUAGCACGGCGAGCAGGAGCUGGUAAUCGUUUUCAGGCCGCUGCUGACAACAUCGUAACUGGUCGUCGGCGCAACUCCAACGCCAUUGCGCGACCUACAAACCGAACGCUUCAUCGUGAACCACCAAAGACACCAAAAGACCCCGAGUCACAAGAAGAGCUUCGUGCAUGGAAUCAAUUUGAGAAGGCGCGUGAGCAACUCGCCCAGGGUGACGCGCGCCCUACCCCUAGCGUGGCGAGCACUAGUAGCCGACGGGGACGCAAGCGCAAGUCUGUCGACUCUUCGCCUGCUGACUCUGAGCCUCGCGAGCAGAAGCCUGAACGCAAGCUCAAGCGCCCUCGAACUCGUAUGCACUUAGACAAUGGAGAGUCAUCAUCGGCUGCUGCACGUCGCAACACGGCGACUAACACGCAUGCCCCUGCAGCUGCGUCGUCACCACCCGCGGCUCCAGCUGGUGAAAGUUCCACUCCUGCGCCGGGCUUUCUUCAGUCAUUACUUCAAGAGGUCGAGGUUGACCGAUUUGCUGAGCGCGACAAGGAGAUCGCCGCCCCACAGCCGCGGCGCAUCAUUGUGGAGCGCGCUUGUUCUCCCCAGCAUUCAUCGCCGGGUCUGUCGCCUGUCUACCAGAAACCCCCGGGGAUGACAACGCCGCCGCCUCUCAACCUUACCCGUACCGCAUCGCCUGUACAGAAAGACCAACAACUAUCGCCAACAUACUCGCCAUAUUCCCCUGCAGACGACGAUCGGCCUGGCCGCCGCAGGCUCGCACAUCGCUCUGUCGGCCUUAGUAGUCCCCCUCGCUCAAAGGACUCGUCGCCUAGCCGCCCCGCACUUUCCUAUUCUACCAAGGCUGAGCUGCAACGCAUGGUCACAGCCGUUCUGAAGCCUAUAUAUCUGAAGAAAGAAGUCACGAAAGAAGAGUAUACAGACGUCAAUCGCGAUGUGUCACGUCUAUUGUACGAAAAGGUUGGUGAAGCUGGUGCCGAUGCACUGGCAGACCAAGAUACGAGAGAGAAGUGGCAGAAAAUGGCGACCAACGAGGUUGAUGUUGCUGUAAAGGCCCUUCGUGCUGGUGGAGCGGCGCUUUCGCCUGCUGCUGACGACUCUGCAUCUUCAUCUUCGUAA